UGCCAUAUAAGCUCAAUACACGCAUUAAGACACAUACACACACACACACACACACACACAGAAACCGAGAGAUGAGGAUGAGAGAGUGCCAUCCUUUGUUGAGAGGUGGAAGGAGAGAGAGCAAAUAUAAUCAUGGGUUCUCUUCAUCUGAGAUGCAAUCACUUGCAGCCAUAUGUGAGACAAUCUUCCCAUCCUUACCCCCAGAUCCCCAAGAGGUUAAUGGAAGAGAAAGCCAACCCAGCAGCAGCAAGAGCAAGGCCAUCCACUCCUUCUACAAAGCUUCUGGAUCUCAAAACCCAAUGCCUGAUGAGGUGGCAGAGCUCAUUAAGAAGAAGUUAUUGUUGGAAGCAUUGAUCUUGGUGAGAGUAGUGCUGUGGGUAUUAUCCACCAGAUUGGGGACACUACUGGUUUGUGGCUCGCAGAGUUUUGGGGAGAAAUGGCCUUUCAUAAACAAAUUCUCAGAGAUGAGGAGGGAGAAGAGGGAGAGGGUUCUGCAGAGAUGGCUUAGGAGCAGCUUUUUGACUCCCAUCAGAGUAGUGUUUGCUCUUGCCAAAUUUGCAUUUCUCUACAUCUACUGCACUCGGACUAAUGAGGAUUCAGAAAACCCAGCAUGGGAAGCCAUGGAUUACAAAGUGUUCGCUAAUGAAAACCUGUCUAGAUUGCGGAAAGAGAGGCCCCUUCAGAAUGGAAUGGUAGAGACCAUGUAUGAAACUGAUUCAACCAUCCUCCAAUCCCUGAUCCAGAAAGGCCUCAAAGUCGUUGAAGAUACCCAAAGAAACCUCUAUAAGAUCAAAUGUGAUGUAGCAAUUGUUGGUAGUGGGUGCGGUGGAGGUGUUGCAGCUGCUGUUCUUGCAGGUUCUGGCCAGAAGGUGGUGGUUCUCGAGAAAGGAAAUUAUUUUUCUCCAGCAGAUUAUUCUUCUUUGGAAGGACCAUCUUUUAAUCAGCUCUAUGAACUAGGAGGCAUCAUUCCAACUACUGAUGCUAAAGUGAUGAUUCUAGCAGGAUCAACACUAGGUGGAGGAUCUGCUAUAAACUGGUCUGCGUCCAUCAAAACACCUGAGUCUGUGCUCUGGGAAUGGGUUGAGAACCACAAGAUCCCACUCUUUGGGAGCUCCCAAUAUUUAUCAGCCAUGGAUACUGUGUGUGAAAGAAUCGGUGUAACAGAGGAUUGUGCAGAAGAGGGAUUCCAAAAUCAAGUCCUUCGUAAAGGCUGUGAAAAUCUUGGCUUCAAAGUUGACAAGGUGCCAAGGAAUUCUUCAGAGAAUCAUUAUUGUGGUUCUUGUUGUUAUGGUUGUCCAACGGGGGACAAAAAGGGGACUGAUUCCACUUGGCUGGUUGAUGCUGUACGCCAUGGUGCAGUGAUCCUAACAGGGUGUAAAGCUCAAAAUUUCAUAUUAGAAAAUAAUAAGCACAGAAAGAUACGUGGAAAGAAAUGCUUGGGAGUCAUUGCAAAAUCUUUAAAUGACAACAUCAAGAGACUGCAAAUUGAGGCCAAAAUAACGAUUUCUGCAUGUGGAUCUCUCUCGACACCUCCUCUAAUGAUUUCUAGUGGGUUGAAAAACCAUAACAUUGGAAAAAACCUCCAUCUCCACCCUGUAUUACUGGCUUGGGGAUACUUUCCAGAGUCAGUCACAGAGCUCAAAGGAAAAUCCUUCGAGGGGGGAAUAAUCACAUCGGUCCAUAAGGUGGAGUCAGAGAGCUCCAAUGCAAGAGCAAUCAUAGAAGCUCCUGCACUAGGGCCAGGAUCAUUUGCUGCAUUAAAUCCUUGGGAGUCUGGGCUUGACAUAAAGAGAAGAGUUGUGAAGUAUGCAAGAACAGCACACUUGUUCUCAAUGGUCAGGGAUCAGGGAUCCGGAAAAGUUACUGUGGAAGGAAGGAUAACCUAUAAAUUAGAUGCAAUUGACAAAGAAAAUAUGAAGGCAGGGCUGCGACAGGCAUUGAGGAUUUUGGUAGCAGCAGGAGCUGUAGAGGUGGGCACCCAUCAAAGUGAUGGGCAAAGAAUCCAAAGUAAAGGGGUUAGUGAACAAGAAUUGGAGGAGUUUCUGGAAACAGUCUUUGCAGCUGAAGGACCACUGUCGCAGACGGAGAAAUGGACAACAUAUUGCUCUGCACAUCAGAUGGGGAGUUGCAGGAUGGGUAUCGAUGAAAAUGAAGGUGCAGUUGAUGUGAAUGCAGAGAGUUGGGAGGCCGAAGGUCUCUAUGUCUGUGAUGGCAGCGUUCUGCCCAGUGCUGUUGGUGUCAAUCCCAUGAUCACCAUCCAGUCAACUGCUUAUUGCCUCUCAAAAAAGAUAGCAGAGUCAUUAAGAAAUGAAGACGUCACUAAGAUAAGUUGAUUCCUAUUCUUUCACCCCUCUUCUCUCUUUUGCAUAAUCAAUUUGAGUGCAGGAGUUCAAAAAAAAAAAAAAAACAAAUUGCAAUGUGAUCUCUACUAGAGGAUUUGUUUAGCAAGCAGUGUGCAUUCAACUUUAUUAUACUAACAGGAAUCUUAGAUAUUUUUAUUUAUAUGCAAGGGCAAGGUAUAAAGCAAGGGAAAUUUAAAGUUAUAAACA